AUGGCUACCAACUACAAGAGCUGUCCAUUGAAGAAACGCCCCUUUGUCUUCUUGGAGGAGAAACAGCAUCAGCCUCAAACUGAAGCCUUGGCCCUGACCAAGACCGACCAGUUGAGCUAUGCCGCUCCCAUUGCUGCGCCGCAGGAGGAACAGCCCCAGGACUUGUCCCUCAAGCGCAAAGCCAACGAUGACUUUGAGGAUUAUGAGAUACCAGCAAAACGUGAAUAUGUGCUGAAUCUCUCCAAGGUGCCAGAGACUGAACGUCCAACCACACCACCAAUGCGGGCCAUCAUCAAGAGCGAGCCACUCUGCUCUGCCUUGCUCUCACCACCGGUUGAACCCACGGAUUACCAGCACCAGCAAACGCCAACCGAUAUCCACAUGCGAGGACUGACUCCAGCUACGGCCGGCUACACUACCAAUCCCUAUCAGUCUGCCUUUGUCAUGGCCGCUGGCUGCAAUCCCAUCUCUGCACUGUGGAGCAGCUACCAGCCACACAUCAACGGACAUCUCGCCGCUGCCUUCCCAUCGCCAGCCAAUUCGUUUGCCUCCGCAGCCUCGCCGCACUCCGUCUACAGUUACCAGCAUAUGACGCCACCUUCGAGUCCCGGCUCGGAUGCCUCAUCCGAACCCGAGGACCUCUCGGUGCGCAGUGACAUUCCGCUGCCGGCACUCUUCCACAACUUUGAUGAAGUCUCGGCCAGCACCAGCUAUAGAUCCUACACAGCCGCAGCCUCCGCUCCAGCCAAUAAUGCCAGCGCCGCAUCCAAGAACUACCGCUUCAAGUGCGACAAAUGCCAGAAGAUGUAUUCCACCUCAAUGGGCCUGUCUAAGCAUCAGCAAUUCCAUUGCCCAGCCGCCGAAUGCAAUCAGGAGAAGAAGCAGCAUUCCUGCGAGGAGUGCGGCAAGAUGUACACCUCAGUGGGCGCCCUUAAGAUGCACAUUCGCACCCACACACUGCCCUGCAAGUGCCCCAUCUGCGGCAAGGCGUUCUCGCGUCCUUGGCUGCUGCAGGGACAUAUCCGCACACACACCGGCGAGAAGCCCUUCCAGUGCCCAGACUGUCCGCGCUCCUUUGCCGAUCGCUCCAAUCUGCGUGCCCAUCAACAGACCCAUGUGGAUGUGAAGAAAUACGCCUGCCAGGUCUGCCACAAGUCCUUCUCGCGCAUGUCGCUCCUCAACAAGCACAUCAGCUCCAAUUGCACCAUCACAAUUGCGUAG